AUUCUUUAUAGGUGGAGCCUGGAGGAGCAUAAACUGCUCUGUCUGAGUUUGCCAAAUUCUUCCAGAAAAACCUUUUCAUUUCUCCCCACUCUCUUUCUUCUCUCUGUUUCUCACUCAUAAAAGGAGCAUCUUUUUAUUCUGCUUUCAUGUGCAAAGCCCAUAAAUUUUUGGUUACAGGGUUCUUUUCUUUUUUCUUACAAGGAUAACUCUGUGGGGAUCCUCUGGAUUUUGGUGCAGGACUAUAGAUACAAAAGUCAAACGUUUUUAAACACGGUCGAUGAAUGUAAAGAAAUGCAGCUAUACCACCACUUGUUCUCGUUAGACAGCCAGAAGGUAAGGCUUGCAUUGGAAGAAAAAAACAUCGACUACACAUCUUUCCACGUAAACCCCAUCACAGGCAAGAAUUUCGACAUCAGUUUCUUCCGGAAGAAUCCGAGUGGCAAGCUCCCGGUUUUCCAGAAUGGCUCCCACAUUUUAUACGACACGAUAGAAAUCAUCCAGUACAUAGAUAGAAUAGCGAUGGUCUCGUCGGGUUUUAACGGGCCCACACUCGACUCACCCGAGACCACGAAUUGGAUUCAAAAAAUCCAACAAUGGAACUCGGAAUACUUUACACUCUCACACCUCCCGGCAAAAUACCGCCUCUCGGCUUCGAAAUUCCUCAGGCGAGUAAUAAUCGCGCGAAUGGCUGAGUGCCCGGAGCUUGCGAGUGCUUACCAUGAAAGACUGAAAGAGGCUUACGAGACGGAGGAGAAACUCAAGGACUCGGAAAUUUUAACGAGAAGUCGAGUGCAGCUCGAGAGGAUACUUGACGAGGCGGAGGUUCAGCUGAAAGAGAAGAAGUAUUUGGUUGGGGAGAGUUUUACGCUGGCGGAUGUUGUGUUUGUGCCUGUUUUGAGCCGGCUGGCGGUUUUGGAGUUGGAGGAGAAGUAUAUAGAGACGAGGCCGAACGUGGCUGAGUAUUGGGGUUUGGUUCGGGAGAGGCCGAGUUAUGGGAAAGUGAUUGGAAAGUAUUUUGAUGGGUGGAGGAGGCACAAGACUCUGUUCAAGACAUGGUGUUUUGUGAAGAUGAGGAGUUUAUUGAAACAGUAUUAGUGGUGUUUUUGUGGGGUUCAGUGUACAUGGAGUUUUGAGUGUGUGUGUGUGUUGAGUUUUGUUGGGACACUAUUGCUGAAAAAAGUGUGGAGUUUUACCAAUUGUUAGGGAAUAUUGGCUAUAAUGUAAGCAAGAUGUACUGUGUAUGUGAUUUGAUUGUGGACAAAAAAAAUUGUUUUUUUUUUUUGUCAAACGAUUAUAUUAAAAAGUAGAAAAGAUUACAC